AUGUUUGUUACCUCUGAAGAUGAUUGGUAUCUUCCUUUUGCCCUGUAUUGUCACUGAACCAUCAUGAAGUCUUCGCUCGUAUUGUACGGUAAUGAAUACAUUUAUGGCCUUGAGUAAAGGCUAUACUUCUUCGCCAAAAUUCUUGAAGUUUCCCUCCAUAUUCACGCUUUGUCCUUGCCAAAGUUUCAUUUUUUUUGGCCCGCUGAUCCGCAUUAAGUUUGGUUGUGAGCUUGAAAUCAAAAUUGUCAAACGUGUUGUAAAACGUUCUUUACUUUGAAUUCAAAGUUUUUGUCUUGAUCGAAAGGGCCAAAUAUAAUUAUUGGUGAUGGAUCCACUUCUAUAGCCUGUAAAUAUUAUUUUGAUUUUCGUUUUUAAAAAUUUUUGAAAGGUGGUAUGGUUUUCCUUUAAUAAACAUAUCUUAAUAUCCGUUCGUCUGGUAUUAAAAUUAAACACUGAGCUGCGAAAAUCCAAGAGUUAAAAAGAAAAUGUAAAAUUAACUUACUUGAUGUUCCAUUGUUCCAAAACAACAAGAAAAAUACUAAAAACAGAUUUCUCCGGUUCGAGAAAAAUGAAAUUCUACGUAAUUUGCAUGAAACGAGGAUAUUUUAAUCGAUAUUUUGCAUUUCGUCUUUUGAAAAUUCGAGAAAAACAACUUUUUUCGAAAUUUUUUACUAAUUUUAUUGGAUUUUGAACAAAGACCAAGUUGGUCUGUUCUUAUAUAUUGUAAAGGGAUUUUGAGUACAUUUUGGACUGGCUGUAACAAAAAAAGUUUAAUUAAAUUUGUGUUUUUCAGUGAAACGUGUUCGCCUCACAUCGACUAUGUUGAACCGGGAUUUCUUCUUGUUGAGAGUGGCAAUUGCGUGAAAGGAGCUCGAUUCUACUACGGAAGAGUACCAGCACGUGUCAACGAUGGUGGUUAUCAGAUGAUCUCACAUUGGCCAUCGGAUGUCGCACAAAUGGAGCUGGUUUGUCACAUUUGCGACAGUUUGGCCAAUAUGAAUUGGAAGGAGAUGGACAUUGAGGUUGAAGAGCUGACUAAAAAUCUUGACUUGACGUUGCCAUUGGCCGAUGAUGAAAGGGAUUAUCUGGUCAAGUUGGUUCAGUUGGAUCGGACUAUUAAAAGUAAGUGUUUGUUGUUUUUGUUUGAAAUUUAGGUAAUUUUUGGCAGGGUUGAAGAUAAAUCCUUUGGAAUUCAUGACGCAUGUUUGAUUUUUUGCGUAAAAGUUAGUUCCGUAGAUUUUUAAUAGAUUUUAGGUCGUUUUUAAGGUUUUUUGGAAAUUUUAGGUAACAUUUUGGUGCAUUUUGUAGAAUGUAGCGGAAGUUUUGUUUCAACUUUUUUAUGA